GGACUAAAAAAUCCAUACCGCAUUAAAAUUUGUUUGCAUACCAAAAUUUGGUAGCGUCGAUAUUAAUUUUACGUGUUUUGUGUGCAAAUCCAGCCAAAGGUAAGCCCUUGCAAAUCCAUAUUAAACUACGCAAAAUGGAUAGGCGUAAAAAGCGCACCUCUUCGGAGCAAUAUCAAAUGUAUAUUGACCUAAUGGAGGCCGACCCCAUUUUCGCUAGUGGACGCGUGCCGCGCGACUAUGAUCUGAAUUAUCUGACCAAGAAGUGGAAGGAGCUCUCGGACAGGCUUAAUAAAUGCAGCUCUGGUCCCACACUAACUGCCGAAGAGUGGCGUAAGCGCUUGAACGACUGGAAAAACACUACGCGCUGCAAGUACAGACGUAGUCUGAUGUCCAGUGAGAAGGACAUUGCUAUGAGUUCACUAGAGACACGCGCGCUUAAUUUGUUUGGGAAAGUGCCUGGCCACGGCGAGUCGCUAAUUAAUCUGAAGUCCGAGAAAGAAGAUCCCGAUGAUGAAAUGGAGGAGCUGGGACAGCGCACAUCAGCCUCGUUCCAGAAGGAACUGCAAGCUGCCGUUGAAGAGGCAAUUAACGAUGAGGUUGAGGACGACGAAAUGGUAGAGGAGCACGUGGACCAGGAGGACCUCACCGAUGAGGGCUUGCACGAGGCUGGCGGCGGCAUUGAUGGCUCUGGCGGUGCAACGGCAGUAAACACAGGCGGUGGCGGCUACCGCACCAUUGUAGUGGACAACACCUCCUACGUGGAGGACGAUAAUGAUCACGGCGAUCAACCCGUAGAACCCGUCAAAUACGUCUGCGCACCGAAUAUACACACAGUGGGCACAAGCGGCGCCACCAAGCUGAUCAAUGGCGAGUUGCCCGUUAAGCGAUUACGGAGAGAUCAAGUCGUCUACGAAGUCAAGAACGCGCCGCGCUCCUAUGCAUCGAUACAUUCGGGCAGCUCGCUUCCAACCUUGCACAAUCCAAAGUUGCACAACGAUGGACAGAGCACCACAUUGAGCGCUGCGCUAAGCAGCCUGGAUACGCAGGAAAUUGCGCAUCAGCUAAAACGAUUAGCAGACAUUAAUUAUGAGACGCUGCAGUUUGAGAUAGCGCGAUUCAAGUUCAACAAUCCCGGUUUUCACUAUGAGCCGCCGCCAUUAUAGUCAUCGAAAGUCCAGGGCAACAAUCACAACAAAAGCUGCAAUAAGAACAUCAGAAGCAGACGCACCAAGCAAUGCGACGAAGAGCCGUUGGUUAAGAAGGAACACCGUGAACCAUAGGAGCAAUAGGCGCAGCAGCAAUAGUUAUAGUUUUGAUUUGACAAAAUUGGUCUCUUGGCUCAGAUUUUUUGUACAUUUUGACGAGUUAACAGUGGAGCCGAGCUGGCAACAAUUGCGCACUUUUUGGACGGCACUUUCGUAGGCGAAGUAGGACUAGAAGUACGCAGCCAAUUUUACAUAUUAUAUUCAUAAAUCUAAAGUAGCCAGAGUUUAGUUUAAAAUUUACGUAGUUUCUAUUAACGCAAAUCAUUUCUUUUUACACACAAUCUCUUUUAAUUGCGCGUAACUGAACAAUUUAUAUACACACACACACACACACAAACACACACUCACAAAACUUUACAUAUGUAUAUGUGUAUGUCUAAAAGGUAUUUAGAAGAUAAGUCGAACUAUCGUUCGAUAUAUAUUACAAUUUUACCUUUAUCUUGAAAAUGUAAUCCAUGCUACUAUUGGACACAAUAAUUUUAAAUGAAAUGUAUGUAAAUG